CUGGUCAUGAACUUCAUACGCAUUGUUAUGUCUUCCUGCGUUGCAUGGAUAGCGUUUUGGACGUCCUAGUGACGUUCUAUUCAUUUUCGGACAGGUUUAGGAUCGCGUAGUGGCGCUUGCGCCGCUCGUACGUCGACUGCUAUGCAUCGACGAGUAGGAAACCCUGACGAUGAAGAUUGGAUACCGACUGGAUCCGGAUGAUGUGUUCCAUUUCAUCCUUCUCGCACUGAGACGAACGACCACUUCAUUGUGGUACGUGCCUCGUGCACGCCGAUACACAGGCGCAUCAUCAGUGGCAACACUCUCACGGGCAUCCUUGCCUUUCUGGAAUGGGUGUUUCUUACGUAGCUAUUCAUUUCCGUCCUCUACGAAGACUAUUCCGCAUCUAGCACGCACGGCAUGUUUUAUUAUCAUCCUACUUAUCACCUUUUGUCAUGAUCCGGUGACUGAUCACCGUUUAUUUCGUGACCCUACCCUUUUCGCGAGAUCAUCAAGCUAUCUCGCGGAUAACACAUGGCGACCACAGCAUUGCAUGUCUGUGUGCAAGUGCAGCAAUUGUGGUUGGCGCAGCGGAGUUUUUUUGUUUUUGAAGGUUGUUUACGAGCACCGCCUACAUUUUCCACUUCGACAUUUCCAUGCCUCAGAGCAGUUCGUCAUCCUCUGUACCUCAUUUGCCAGUCAAGUGUAGCGUGCAUUGAGGAGGAUUUGAGCGCCCGAUGCAUACGGCGAUCUAGGAGUUGGUCAUUGUUGCAGUUCUUGACGUUCUGUUCACUCCCGCUUGCGGGUUUGGAUGCACCGGUCGUCGACAUUCCUGACAUUUCGAUUAUCCUCACGCUCUGGUUCACAUCGCCGCAUAUCACACAUUGUUACUCGCCCCCGCUAUCAUGUCUCAUUGUCGCUAUUUCUACACGCGCUAUCAUUAUCGAUUCUCCGUCAAGCUUCUUGUAGAA